AUCCCAGGGGAACAAAGCUGGGAAAUUCCUUUGUCUGUCCCUGCCCUUGUAGCCACAUGUCCUGCUUUUGCGCUGGGGACAAGCAUGUGAGCUCCAGGUAUAGGACUUCCUAAGUCAAGGGUUUCAGGUCACACUGGUGAAUCAUUUUGCAAGCAGAUGCCGCGGGUCUCUUCUCGGACUGGACAGCAUGCAAGGUCAGUGUCAGCAGAUCUGGCCCUAAAAAUAGGCUCUCCAAUUCCACCACGGUGUCUGGGUGUGCAGCCACCACAUGCCACGAACCAGCACCUACUGACCCGGCCAGGCUCCGGCGCACGCAGCUGCAGAAUGGAAAGACAAUCCCUUGGUGCCAAAAUGACAUCUGGAGAACCGAAGACAAGCCUCAAGAACACCUACCUGGCUGCCAAGAGGCUGUCACCGAAGGCGGAGGACAGGGAAGAGGAGGACUACUGUACCCCUGGAGCCUUCGAGCUGGAGCGGCUCUUCUGGAAGGGCAGUCCCCAGUACACCCACGUCAACGAGGUCUGGCCCAAGCUCUACAUCGGCGAUGAAUCCUAUGCAUUCUUCAAAGUCUACUCAAGUCACUUCUGCCAUGAAGCUAGCUUUCCCCACCCCCCACGUCAGCAGGAGGGGAAAUAUCCCGGCUACUGUCAAAGUGAUUGCGAAAUCCUAGGCAGGGCAGCCUCCCAUGAGAAGGCUUGGCCGAAAGAGGGUAACUGGGAAAUCUCUUCUCCCUCCGCAAUGCGGAGAGCCAACACCAGGGUGCUGCUUCUCUGCUGCUUGAAUGCUGGGGGCCCUAGGCAGCUCGCCAUUUUUGUUAAAACUAUAGCUGCCUCCAAGUCUGGCUUUUGGGGUCUGAUGACAGCCAACUGCCCUGCCCUUAGAGUCUGAUUCCUCCUCAAAGCCUGGAAGCAGCCCCGUCCCCUCGCCCCACCAGCCCAAGCUCACUUUCCAGGGGUCCCUCUGUCUCGCCCUUUCUGCCUCUGUUCCCACCCAGAAAAAGAGCCUCAAGCACUGAGGCUUCUCCAGCGCUGGCCUGCACUCAGGGAGACUGGAAAGUGAGGUGCAGCAAAUCGAGCUUCUGAGACAGCUCCCUCUUCCCUAAAAAGAAGGAACCAAUUCAGCCUCAUGGUUCCAAGCACAGCGAAAACUUCACCUGCUUUUCUAAAGUGCAACUACUGGUGCUGACUUGGGCACACCUGGGCACCAGUCAUGGGCAAGGUGGCCGGGGAGAGAAGCCAAGGCCCUGCCUGGCGGGGCCUUCUCAUGCUGGACGACGGCUUCUCAGUCAAAGCCUCAAGCAACUCAGUCACUUCCUUGCGCAGUCAGCCAGAUGCCUGGUCCGAUCAUUAAUAUGACAUCAUUUCUCAAAACCAGGCCUCCUGUGCAUUUUCUUUCCUCCCUUCGCCUAGAGUUUGGGGGAGUGGGGCAGACACAAAGAGAUUUUUUAGCAGGAGUUAAAACAUCCCGAGGCCACCUCAUGUCUUUGCAACAGUCAGUCUCUCCUGAGAACUAAGGAAAUAACAUCAAUAAAAAUCAUGGUAUACAUCUACAUAGUAAAUACAUAUAUGAUAUGUUCAUUAUUGAAAAUUUAAGAAAUGCAGGUAGACAAAAAGAAGAAAACUAAAAUUCUCCAUAGUUGCACUACCUGGAGAUAAUCCCAUUUUGACAUCCAUCUUUCUACUGCUUUUUCCCCUGAAUUGAUCUUUUAACCAUUCAAAAUACCCAGAUACUGCAUCAUCCCACUUCACAAGGCUCCUGUAAGGACAGUGCUGCAAGGCAGUCUGUUCCAUUCGGCAAGUAAAACUGAGGCUUGCAGACGUUCCAUUGUUUUAAUUCAUGCGGCAGUUUCAGCCAUCAGCUCUGAGCUUUCUGAGGGCCCUCGACACGGAAGGUUUCACCAUCAGCAAGCAACGGGAACACCCCAGAGGCCAGAAGCCCAGUGAACUUCACUUUCACAGCAGGUGAAUUAACCAAGAUCAGAAGCUGGAAAUGUGCUCGCUGUUUCAAAGUCCACUUGCAAGGAGUGGGCACAGUCAAGACUCCAGCAGAGAAAGUUAUCAUCAGGGUCCCGCCCACGAAAUGACAUGCAACCACCACAGUGUCACACAUAUGAGAAUACAUAAGGUGCCAGAUUGCAGGAUACAGACCGUGAGUGAACAGGAGUCCACAAUCAGGUGCGGGAAAUCGGCAGGUCCUCUUCAGACAUCAGGGUGUGGAGCAGCAUGUGGAGAAAUCCUCUGAUCAGGCGGGGCCUUUCUGUAGUGCCCAGCGUGGAAUCCUGGCGACACGGAGCAGCUUGUUUUCCACUUGAAGGAAGCUGAUGGUGGGUUUGCACAGACGUGUGUAUUCAGGGCUUACGUGUCCUCCCUUCUGCAAGCCCAUUUUAUGCAAGAAAUUUUCUGCAAGAAAAUGGGCUUGCAGGUAGAGGCUGCUGUGUUUAGGCUGGAAACAGGAGGGCACCAGGGGGCCUUAAAAAGUGGAAUGUCGGGAGCACUGUCCCAGGAGCCUGCCUCCUGGAGAGUGUGGUUAUUUGCCAUUCCUCAAGGGUGGGUGCUUGAAGACAUCUUCCUGGGACCAACUCCAGAGGGGCUGGCAGGAGGCUAGGCCAGGCCAGAGAAAAAGGAAGGGAGGGAUGGGCUCUGCAGGGGAAAUUGGGCCAUGCAAGAAGGAAGUCACUUCCUGGGCCCUCAGGCUGGAGUCAAAAGCCAGAGGUAGGCCAGAGGCUCACUGGAAGGGAGAAGAGCUAAAAAGAAUUGGGUGAAAACCAGGGAUAAAACAAUGUUCUUCAAAAGUAAACCAUACGAGUCCAACAACUAUGUGACAAAAUGUCCAACCUCAUUGCUAAAACAAAUCAGUGAAAACAAGAUACCUUUUUUUUUGUCUAUGAAAUUCACUAAGAAUAAAAAUCAGAAUGUAAAUUUGAGCAAGUUUUCUAGAGGGUAAUUUAGUAAUGAGUACCAAAUGCAUUAGAAAAUGUUCCAUAUCUGUUGAGCCAGCAAUUCCACUUUAAAAAGAUCUCUCUUAAGGAUGUAAUAGAGAUGUGCCCAAAGAAAUACAGCAAGUGCUUCGUAAAAAUUUUAUUUUAUAUAAGUCAAAAUUGGGAUAUACUUAUAUAAUGGAACAGCAUGUAGCUAUUGAAGGCUUACAUGUUGCCAUAGGAAGAUGUUUACAACAUAACAUGAUGUCAAAGUUUUUGAAACUGUAUCUGUAGUAUUGUACCAAAGAACCACCCCCUCUAUAAAAUAUACAGAUCGAUGCACAGAAAGACAAAUGGAGGAUCUUACGUACAAAAGCAGAAAACAGUCUUUACCUCGAGGGGCUAGAAAUAGAUGAUUUCUUUCUUUUUUUUGUGGGGGGCAUAUGUCUUCCACAUUCUGGGUUGAGCAUGUGUUA